GCGGCGCGCUUCCUCCCAGGGCUUGGGCCGCGGGGUGGAGCCGGCGCCCUCAGCGCGCUGCGUUCCCGGGCACCUCCGCAGAAGGCCCCGUCCCCCCAGGACCCCGCGGUGUGGAUCCCUGAUCUGCUCGGGGAGCUCCGGCGGAAUCUGGAACAGUGAAUGGGUAGAGGGCGCCGGGCGUGCAGAAGGCGGGCAGUGUGGAACAUGCCUUCACCGUCCCCAGCUUCUGCCGCCCGAGGCCGAACCCACCUGUGCCCAUGGCCUGCACGGGCCCGUCACUUCCCAGCGCCUUCGACAUCCUGGGCACAGCGGGCGAGGAAAAGCUCUUGUAUCUGAAGCACAAACUGAAGACUCUGCGCCCAGGCUGCCAGGGGCGGGACCUCCUGCACGCCAUGGUGCUGCUGAAGCUGGGCCAGGAGACCGAGGCCAGGAUCUCUCUAGAGGCACUGAAGGCCGAUGCCGUGGCUCAGCUAGUGGCCCGCCAGUGGGCUGGCGUGGACAGCACUGAGGACCCGGAGGAGCCCCCGGACAUAUCCUGGACCGUGGCCCGCCUGUACCACCUUCUGGCUGAGGAGAAGCUGUGCCCGGCUUCGCUGCGGGACGAGGCCUACCAGGAAGCCCUCCGUACCCUCAGCGCCAGGGACGACCGCCGGCUGGGGGAGCUCCAGGAUGAGGCCCGGGACCGGUGUGGGUGGGACGUGGCUGGGGAUCCAGGGAGCAUCCGGACGCUCCAGUCCAAUCCGGGCUGCGUCCCACCGUCCUCGGCUUCGCCCUCUGGGACCCGGAGCCUCCCUCGCCCCAUCGAUGGCGUUUCAGGCUGGAGCCAAGGGCGUUCCCUGAGGUCAACUGGCAGCCCCGCCUCCCUGACCAGCAACUUGGAAAUCAGCCAGUCGCCCACGAUGCCCUUCAGCCUGCGCCGCAGCCCCCACGGUCCCAGCAAGCUCUGUGAUAACCCCCAGGCCAGCCUGGUGCCCGAGCCUGUCCCUGGUGGCUGCCAGGAGCCUGAAGAGAUGAGCUGGCCCCCCUCGGGGGAGAUCGCCAGCUCCCCAGAGCUGCCAAGCAGCCCACCCCCUGGGUUUUCUGAAGCGGCCCCAGAUGCAACCUCGACUGGCCUCCCUGAUGCCCCCGAAGCUCCAGAAACCAGCACCCAGUUCCCGGUGGGGUGCACCGAAGGGUCUGCAGGCCCCCAGUCUCUCCCCUCGCCCAUUUUGGAGCCCCACAAAAACCCCUGCCCUGUCAAAGACCAGACACCACCCCAACUUUCUGUAGAAGACACCACCUCUCCAAAUACCAAGCCAAGCCCAUCUAUUCCCACCACCCCAAAAACAUCCCUUCCUCCUCCUCCUCCUCCAUCAGCCCCCUGUUCGGCUCACCUGGCCCCCUCCUCCCUGUUCCCUUCCUCCCUGGAAUCGCCAUCGGAGCAGAAAUUCUAUAACUUUGUGAUCCUCCACGCCAGGGCAGACGAGCACAUCGCCCUGCGGGUCCGGGAGAAGCUGGAGGCCCUGGGCGUGCCUGACGGGGCCACCUUCUGUGAGGACUUCCAGGUGCCCGGGCGCGGGGAGCUGCGCUGCCUGCAGGAUGCGAUUGACCACUCUGCCUUCAUCAUCCUGCUUCUCACCUCCAACUUCGACUGCCACCUGAGCCUGCACCAGGUGAACCAAGCCCUGGUGAGCAACCUCAUGCGACAGGGGCCAUCAGACUGCGUCAUCCCCUUCCUGCCCCUGGAGAGCUCCCUGGCCCAGCUCAGCUCCGACACAGCCAGCCUGCUGUCCGGGUUGGUGCGGCUGGACGAACACUCUCGGAUCUUCAACAAGAAGGUGGCCAACACCUUCACGUCCCACAAGCUUCAGGCCCGCAAGGCCAUGUGGAGGAAGGAACAGGACACCCGAGCCCUGCGGGAACAGAGCCAACACCUGGACAGUGAGCGGAUGCAGGUGGCCGCCAUGAACGCUGCAUACUCGGCCUACCUCCGGAGUUAUUUGUCCUGGCAUGCACAGAUGGAGCAGCUCCAGGCGGCUUUUGGGAGCCACAUGUCAUUUGGGACUGGGGCACCCUUUGAGGUUCAAAUGCCCUUUGGGGGCCAGGUGCCUCUGAGAGCCCCGCCACCCUUUCCCACUGGGCUGGGGUGCCCGCAGCCUCAGCCCCUGCACGGGUGGCAGGCUGGUACUCCCCCACCACCCUUCCCACAGCCCCCAGCCUUCCCUACAGCCUCACCUGCACCCCCUCAGAGCCCAGGACUGCAACCCCUCAUUAUCCACCAUGCACAGAUGGUACAGCUGGGGCUGAACAACCACAUGUGGAACCAGAGAGGGUCCCAGGCACCCGAGGACAAUACGCAGGAGGCAGAAUGACUACUGUCCUGACCACCUGGGGAAUACACCUGGACCCAGGCAUCAGCUUUGGGCAGGACCUCAUAGACCACCCCGGUCUGUCCUGUCCCCUGGGGACAGUGGAAGAUGAAGUUAUCUGCCACUUUCAGGACAUUGCCCGGGAGUCCUUCAUUUAGGACAAAACGGACGCUCUGGCCGUUAGGGUGGCCAGACCUGGACAUGGUGUUUACGAUUCCAAUCUAUUUCUGGGUGAGGGUUCAUGGUGGUGGAGAUAUUGCUACUAUCUUUUAAUUAUAAUAAAUAUUUAUUUAACGCUU